GCUUUAUCGAUAAAACAAUGUCCAGAUUCUGGGAAAAUGCUAACUCGAAACGUUUCUAGCCAAUAGAUAUCACAAGUUAAUUUUUUACCAUGAAAUCGUGAAGUAACUUCAUACGCGUUUAAUUAACAUUAACACAUUUACAACUUACGAUCAAUUAAACGAAAAUGGAGAAAUACGGUAGAAGAAUGUCGCUACGAGAGUCGUUCAUGCACAUAUUAUCGAGGAAAUCGUUACUUCACGUUAAACGUACCAGACUGAAAGGAAUCUACCUUUUCCGAGCUGCGGUCAGACUCGUUUUGGAAUACAUCGAAUGGCUAACGGAAGAGCCAGCGAUCGACGAAAUCGUCGACGACGUUGCGAUUAACAUUCGAUUGGCGCAAGAGAAGAAAGUCGAGAAAAAGAAACUUACUUUAGAGGAUCGUUCCGUGCUGUUGAUGGAACCAGACUGCAGAACAUCGACGGAGAAAACACACAUUUUCGAGUUGUUCAAUAAAUUUCGUGCCUUUCGAAACUAUCCGGAUCAUUUACGAAGAUCUCUAGCGGGAGCAUGCAUCUACCAAUACUUGAGACCAGAUCGUGUGAUCGUACGACAGAAUCGGGAAGCAGAUAAUUUGUAUUUUAUUAUACAAGGCGAGAUCGGUGUAUCCAGGAUAGUCGCUGAUCGCUGGACUGGCGAGCAGAAAGAAAUCGACAUGGGCAUUUUGACUGCGGGAGAUAUUUUCGGUGAAAUUGCACUGCUACACGCGAUACCAAGAACUGCGACUACGGUUUCAAAAAGUACCGUGGAUUGUCUUCUCAUUUCUCGCGAUAGUUUCGACGAUACUUUACGCGAUCACUUGACGAAAGAAUGGGAUGUACUGCAAGAUGCAUUGGUUCAUUUUAAUUACUUCAAGUCUUGGGACGCAGAAGCUAUACGAGAGUGUUGUAUUCUCAGCAGGAUGAAGGACUUUCAACCUGACGAGUACAACCAUGUUGACACUUGUGAUGGCAAAGGAAUGGUGAACUAUGUGCAUUUUCUUAUGGAUGGUGAAUGCCAUCUGAUAGAACACAUGCUUGUUCGGGAAGAAAUCUCCAAUAACAAAGUACACUAUGAAUUAUAUGAUCCUAAAGAUCCUGUUGCCAAAAUGGAAGCAAAACAACCAUCAAGAAAGGUAACUGAAAGAAAACUGAAGAAACUGGAAUCAAAGCAUGACACUACCAGAGUACAGGCAAGAGAUAUCGAUGGAAAUGAUGGCGACCAAGAGUCCAUAGACUACAGCCAUCUUUUAAUGUCGUCGAAAUCAACCAAACAACAAGUGGACUUUGAUCGUGCUAGCAUUAUUACAACCACACUGCUAGAUGUAAUAAACGAGUGGCACAAAAUCACGGACGUGGCAGAGAUGCUAAUGAAAGAACCAUCGUCUAUAUCUCAACAAUGUUAUCCGGACAACGUUCGAACGAUAUUCAUGCAAAUUUGCACGUUUAACAGAGGCGCGUGUUUUGGAUUAGGAGAAAACAUGCAGAACCGAAGAAUAACAUCUAAAACGCACGUACAGUGCUUUUUAGUUCCCCGAUACUUCUUGAACGAACAUAAUCGAGCCAAUGUUUGGGAACGCGUGAAACUCUUCAUGGACUCGAAGUAUCCCACGAAGGAACAACUGUUUAAAGAAUUCGUUAACAACCGCAGGUGGUUGAAGUAUAAGGAAAAUUUAGUUCACGGUAUAAGCACACGUGGUCGACGCAUUCGCAGUAAUGUGACGAUACACGAUGUCCCCUAUGCGAUUAGAAUCGUUAACGAUGUGGGGGUGUGAAUAGAACUCCUCGCUGAAAUGUUAAAUAAAUAAUAGAAAUCGUGUUCUACAAA